GAUGUCCUUCACUAUUUAUUUAGAUUCCAGAGGUCUCGGAACUGAUAAGAGUGCGACGCGUCCUAGUUAAGUACAGUACCCGUACCUUGUUCUCUCCCUCUCCAGUAUCAUACAGUCGUCUGAGAUAGUAUUCGCUGCAUCGUUUUCCACUGGGACUAGGCAAUGGCGUCCGGAGUUAACGCGACGCGUCCGGAAGCCGUUCCAUGCAAUCACACCAAGGACGGCAGAUCGAGGCUCCGAUUCGACGAGACCGUAACAGUCAUCUACGGCACCGGCGAAACAGAAAUCGAAACCCUUCACGUUCCCGAAGCCGCCUCCUCCGCUAAUGCCGAGCCUCGCGAAGCGGCGGAACCAGGCGACGGCUCGCGAGAAAGCUCGUCGCUCUCGGAAGCAGACCGAUCAGGGAUGCCUGGGUCUGCUGAGAGGAGCGAAAAUCAACAGAACCAUGGAUCAUUUCCGCCAAGAGGUUUCGCGAUGCACGGUGGUGAAGCCGAGGGGGACGAUCUCGCUGAUGAUCUAGAUUUCUUAGAUCUGGAAGACUUGGAGCAGACGUGGGCGGAGCGGCGGGAGAGCAUUCUGGGGACGAGAUGUGGGUCGCCCAAGGGCGCGACGGACGUUGGAAUGGUGCGGUCCGACGCGAUUAGGUUUACCGGCGGCCCUCGCGAGUCGCUGAAAUGGACCCCGCAACCACGCGCCUGACACGCGCUGGACACGCGCCUGACACCAGCUUGACUCAAGCCACGCGCUGGACUCCAGUCUGGAGUCAAUUAGCUGGUUUUACUGUCUUGGUCAGUUAUUCUGUGGUGGCCUCUUACUUUCCCCCGUUGUCACUCAUUUCUUUAGCGGGCUAAAUGGUUGCAUGCCUCCUCGGCCUCUACGUCUGACUGGGGAUGGCUUCACGGAGGCCUCUACAUCCUGACUGAGAACAGGUGCGACCGUCAGGGGAAAGGAGAGGCAGCAGCAUGCUGGGGAUGCAACAUGCCUUGCUCCUAGGAUCUCCGAGGAGCAAGAUGCGGUGGAUGUCUCGUUUCGAGCCAGCCUCUCUGACGGAUGAGCGUGUUGACGUUUUUCCCCAAGGGUUUGUCAGCACAAGGUGCUCUUGGAAUGCAUGGCUCUUCUUUUGCAGGCUUUUGCUAGGGAGACAGUCAAUUCCUCUAAUUAUGGUACCGGUAGUAAGUAAAUUAAUUAGUGUACCUUACCUGCAGUUCGUCCAGACUGGAUCUAAAUUCUAAAGA